AUGUCCGCCUUUGUUACUAAUGCAGAAGAGAUGAUCAAAUCCCACCCGUAUUUCCAGCUGUCCGCAAGCUGGUGUCCUGACUGCGUCUAUGCAAACUCGAUUUGGGACAAGUUCAAUGUAAAGAACAAAGUGUUCGUUUUUGACAUUGGAUCACUGCCAAGAAAUGAACAGGAAAAAUGGAGGGUUGCGUUCCAAAAGGUUGUUGGAAGCAGAAAUCUGCCAACGGUUGUCGUGAAUGGUAAGUUUUGGGGAACUGAGAGUCAAUUGCGCAGGUUUGAAAAUAGCGGUACACUUGAGAAGGAAUUGACCAAAAUUGGGCUUUUGUCUUGA